CAGCGGCCCGAACGGACGCACUCCCGGGCGGGCGGGCGAGCCCAGGGGGACCCGGCCCGGCCGCGGCGCCCGCCCCGCCCCCGCCCCGGCCACCGCGCGGCCCGGCCCAGGCCGCCCGCAGGCUCCGGGCACCUGUAGCCCCCGAGGACCCGCGUCGCCUGGCCGCCGCCGACCCCAGGCGGGGCCACCCCGUGGUGCCGACCCCGGGCGCCGGCCUGGAUCCCGCUGCUCGCGAUGGUCCCGGGGGGCCGGCCCUGAGCCCCGCGCGGGAUUCGGGGCGCUGCCUCCCGCCCCGACCACUGCCGGAGAGUCUCCACCAACUUCUGCUCGGCCGCUCCUCUCGGCCCCUUCCCUUGGCCCAGGGCGACCUCGGCAGCCCAGACGGCGUGGACGCUCCGGAGUGCCCAGAAAGUCCCCGGGGUGGCCCUGCGCGUCCCGGCUCUUUCUGGAUGGAGGUGCCUCCGGAAUGAGCCGGCUGCACGCCGUGGCCUUCACCUCGCAGCCUCUGCUGACCACACCUCCCUAGCGCAGAGGCUGCCCCGGGAGCAGGAAAUGCUCCACCAGCACAGCCGACUCCCGGGAAUCCGGGUCUGACCGCCAGGAUGGAGGUGGGGCCAGCCACCGAGACCUUCGUGCUGGAACUUCGAUGUCUUGAAGAUGGGGGCCCAGGGCCUGACACCCUCUCAGGUGGCAGUGGUGGGAGUGAGAGUCAGGAGGAGGAAGAGCCUCAGGAGGGGAGCAGCAGUCCACAGCGGCCAGCAGUCUUGGCCCCAGUGGGGGCCAGUGAAAUCGCUGAGGAAACCCAGCCGGGACAACAGGAGUUGCAACUGCAGCAGUUAGAACAGCAGCCAAAACCGCAGCAACAGCCACAGCAGGAGCAACUGCAACAGCUGCAGCCACACCUAGAACUGCAACAACAGCCGCAGCAAGAUGGGCAACAACAGCUAUCUCAACUACAGCAGGAAAAACACCAAUCCAUGCACCAUCAGGAACUGAAACCUGAACUGCAGCUAAUGCACCAGCAGCAACAGGUACAGCCACAGCAAGUGCAAGAGCAACAGCUGUUGCAGCAGCAGCAGGAGCAGUUACAGCCACAGCAGGAGCAGUUACAGCCGCAGCAGGAGCCGUUACAGCCACAGCAGGAGCCACCACAGCCGCAGCAAGCACAAGAGCAACAGCUGUUGCAGCAGCAGGAACAGCUACAGCAGCAAGUGCAAGAGCAACAGCUGUUACAGCAACAGCAGGAACAGUUACAACAGCAGCAGCUGCUACAACAGCAGGAACAAUUACAGCAGCAACAGUUUCAACAGCAGCAGGAACAGCUACAGCAGCAGCAGCAGCUACUUUUGCUGCAGCAGCAGGAACAGCUACAGCAGCAACUGUUGCAGCAGCAGCAGGCACAGUUACAACAGCAACUGCUGGAACAGCAGCAAGCACAGUUACAGCAGCAGCUACUGCUGCAGCAGCAGGAACAAUUAAAGCAGCAGCAGCAACAGCAGCUGUUGCAACAGCAGCAGGAACAAUUGCAACAGCAACAACUGCAGCCUCCUCCCCUGGAGCCGGAGGAGGAGGAAGAGGUGGAGCUGGAGCUCAUGCCGGUGGACCUGGGGUCGGAGCAGGAGCUGGAGCAACAGCGGCAGGAGUUGGAGCGGCAGCAGGAGCUGGAACGGCAGCAGGAGCAGCGGCAGCUGCAGCUCAAACUGCAGGAGCAGCUGCAGCAGCUGGAGCAACAGCUGGAGCAGCAGCAGCAGCUAGAGCAGCAGCAGCUGGAGCAGCAGGAGGUGCAGCUGGAGCUGACCCCGGUGGAGCUGGGCGCCCAGCAGCAGGAGGUGCAGCUGGAGCUGACCCCGGUGCAACCAGAGCUGCAGCUAGAACUGGUGCCAGCCGCAGGGGGUGGCGGAGCGGCAGUCCCCGGGGCUCCAGCCGCGGUCGUGGUGGCUCCCCCGGGCUACGUGGUGCUGCAGGAGCUCAUGGUGCUGCCAGCCGUGGCAGCACCGGCUGUGGUGGCCAUCCCGGGCCCGGCAGGCAGCGCGGCGUUGACUCCCGCACGGCAGCGGCGGCGACGGCGCGCCCGGGACCGGCCGACCAUCUGCGGGGAGUGCGGCAAGGGCUUCAGCCGCAGCACGGACCUGGUGCGCCACCAGGCCACGCACACGGGUGAGCGGCCACACCGUUGCGGCGAGUGCGGCAAGGGCUUCUCGCAGCACUCGAACCUGGUAACGCACCAGCGCAUCCACACGGGUGAGAAACCCUACGCCUGCUCCUACUGCGCUAAGCGCUUCAGUGAGAGCUCGGCGCUCGUGCAGCACCAGCGCACGCACACCGGGGAGCGACCCUACGCCUGCGGGGACUGCGGCAAGCGCUUCAGCGUCUCCUCCAAUCUGCUGCGCCACCGGCGCACGCACUCGGGCGAGCGGCCCUACGUGUGCGAGGACUGCGGCGAGCGCUUCCGACACAAGGUGCAGAUCCGCCGCCACGAGCGCCAGCUGCACGGCGCGGGCCGCUCCAGGGGCCUCGGCCUGUUGCGCGCCUCGCGGCCCGCAGCCCUUGGUGGCCCAGCCCGUGCAGAGCAGGGCGCCACGGCCACUGCGCCCGCAGACAAGGCGCUUUGAGAGCCGCGAUCGGGGCUGCCUGGCUAGGAGGGGAUCCCCUACCCGCCUCCACCUGAAAAGCUCCUUGACCCGGGUUCAUGGGCGCUGGAGGCAUCCUGGAAUAUCCCUGGAGUAAAAGGCUUCCACCAUCAUCAUCAUCAUCAUCAUCAUCUCCUGGAUUCCCUGAGAAAAUACCAGGUUCACAGACUUCACCGCCAGAAAAAAAACCAUCCGCCAAAACAGAAGUGGACUGGGACUGAAAUAGCACGCGGGACACGUUUGUCUGCCCUUGGAGGGGCCUGCCAAAAAUUUUCGCUCCGGGAAAACUGGACUUACUACGAACAAGGAAAAACUCCCAGUGGCGAGACGGUUAAUGAUACUGGCCGAGGACUGGAUACCCACCAGGGGAUCAAAGACGUGGUGAGACACACAUGGAAAAGCUUCGAUCCUGGUGAAAAUGAUCCCAAGGAAAAAUUCGGGGAGGAAGCAAACUUGUUUGCACUAUGUAGAAACUGAGCAAGGCAUUGAAUCGUCCUCAGUGGUGUUUGCCUUGAAAAUACUUUCCAAGAUGAAAAUUCAUCAGGGUGGGUAUAAUUCUGAUGAAAACGCCUGUGUUCAUCAACACAGGGUCAGAGCGCUCACGCGAUCAAUGUGCAAAUCUAAGCCAGGGGGUCCUGCUCCGGGUGGAAGGUAAAACCUUCCCUCCAGGGAACCAGGGGCUCCGGCGGGCGUCGGAGGCAAGUUCUUGGCCUCUGCUGCCAGGUCCCCCAGUCCCCCAGCCCGCAUUAAUGUCCUCUGGAAUAAGAGCCUGUGGCUGAAGCAGAGGGCCUUCUGCUAGAGCUCUCCAAGGUCUGGAAGGAGGGUCCUCCAGAAGGAGCUCCGGGGUAGCCCCACUGUGGCCCCCCUGGACUCCACCAGCUUCAUGCUUCUCAGAUGCUACCCAGGGGCCGGCACUGGGAGUCCGGGGCAGAUUUCUCCUGCACCAGGCUAUGGGGGUUUGGAGGGCUGCCUGAGCAGACCCUGCGCCAUGGCUGGGGCUGGGGGAAGAAUGUCUGAGACAAGGUUUGGGAGCAAUGCUCUUUACUACGUUUACCAAAUCGUCUGGGGCAGGGGCUGUGAGCCACAGCAGUUGCUGGUGCCUUGUGGGAAGGUGGGGCAGGGAGGAGGCUGCCCGCCACCUCUGUCCCCAGUCACUUCCUGCUUGACCUGACUCUUCACAUGUGGCUGCUUAAUUCCUGCCCCUCUCUCCCCAGCUGCUUCUCCUUUACUAACACACCUGCUACAUUUUACACAUGUGUUGGUAAGUGAGAAACAGAAACGAAAAAUAAAUUAAAAUGCAGAAAUACAA